ACUAUGCCCCAGACGCCAAUAUUUUCCAGCAUGCUUGGUUCCAGUUGUAGUGGACAAGUGCAGCCAGAUAUGGGAGACAGGUGUGUGGACCCUGUUUAUCAGGAUGGGAACCUUGUUUCUGGAUCAUUAGAGGCCUUGAUAGAGCGCCUGGUGCCCACCAUGGACUAUUAUCCAGAUAGGACUUACAUCUUCACUUUCCUAUUGAGCUCACGAGUCUUCAUUCACCCACACGAGCUCCUGGCUAAAGUGGGGCAGAUCUGCAUUAAACAGAAGCAGCAGCUAGAAACAGGAACUGAGGCAGAAAAGGCAAAGCUAAAAUCCUUUGCUGCCAAAAUCAUUCAGCUCCUGAAGGAAUGGACUGAAACUUUCCCCUAUGAUUUCCAAGAUGAAAAAUCCAUGAAAGAGUUGAAGGAGAUUGCUCACAGGAUCACACAAUGUGAUGAGGAAAACGGAACAGUGAAAAAGAUCAUUAGCCAAAUGACGCAGAAUCUCCUAAUGGCCCUCUCCACACGGAGCCAGUACCAGGAAAUCAGGGAGAAAUUUCGGCAACCUGUUACUGACAAAGGCACCAUCCUCAAAACCAAGCCACAGUCAACUCAAAAGGACAUCCUGAGUGUGUGCUGUGACCCUCUGAUCUUGGCACAGCAGCUGACCUAUAUUGAACUGGAAAGGGUGAGCAACAUUUACCCAGAGGAUUUGAUGCAGAUUGUCAGCCACAUGGACUCCCUGGAUAAUCACAAGUGCCGAGGUGACGUGACCAAAACCUAUAAUUUGGAGGCCUAUGACAAUUGGUUCAAUUGUCUCAGCAUGCUGGUGGCUACAGAGAUUUGUCGGGUUGUAAAGAAAAAGCAGCGUACAAGAAUGGUGGAAUUUUUCAUUGAUGUGGCAAGAGAAUGCUUCAAUAUUGGAAACUUCAACUCAAUGAUGGCUAUUAUCUCUGGCAUGAACUUGAGUCCUGUGGCACGGCUAAAGAAAACUUGGUCAAAGGUUAAAACAGCCAAAUUUGAUGUUUUAGAGCAUCACAUGGAUCCAUCCAGCAACUUUUGUAAUUACCGCACAGCCCUGCAAGGAGCAGCACAGCGAUCUCAGACUGCCAACAGCAACCGAGAGAAAAUAGUCAUCCCAGUUUUCAAUCUGUUUAUUAAAGAUAUAUACUUUCUGCACAAAAUACAUACGAACCGCUUGCCCAAUGGGCAGAUAAACUUCAAGAAGUUCUGGGAAAUUUCAAGACAGAUUCAUGAUUUCCUGACAUGGAAGCAGGUUGAGUGCCCUUUUGAAAAAGACAAGAAGAUCCAGAGCUAUCUACUCACAGCACCCAUUUAUAGUGAAGAAGCUCUGUUCAUUGCAUCCUUUGAAAGUGAAGGUCCAGAAAAUCACAUGGAAAAAGACAGCUGGAAAACACUCAGGACAACUCUGCUUAACAGAGCCUGAGAUUUUUGGAUCUGAUCUACAAACUUUGAAGCACAUCAAAUGAACAUGUUUUUACAACCUGAAAGACUUGGACUGAGCUAAGAAAGACCUUACUGGCUGAGGUCUGUUUUGUAUAUACAGUAACUUUUAUGAAAUAAAAUGUGGUAAGUAUUUCACAUGUCAACCUUAAGGCACUUAAGUGAAGGGUUUUAGGGUAUUAUUUUAAAUA